AUGACAAGAGGAAAUGGUGUUGGUGUCAAGGGAAAUAAGCGGAGAAAGAUUCAACAAAGAGAGGAAUCAGAGGAGUCAGAUGAGGAAUAUAAUGUGGCUGAAGAUGAAGAUAGUGAUGAGUCAGAUGAGUGCUAUUCCUUAGAUGGUGAUGAAUCAGAAGAGAUAUUAGCUGAUUUUGGAAAGUCACGGAGGGUUGCUAGAUCAAGAAACACCCGGAGGACUUCUGCAGGUAGGAAGGGGAAUGAGAUAGCAAAGCCUCGUAAGAGGAGAAGGGUUUCUUAUACAGGUGAUGAUGAUGAAGAUGAUGAAGAUGAUGAAGAGUUUAUGUCUUUGGGUAGGGAAGCUAAGCGGAGGGAAAAGAAGAGAGUUUCGCAUACAGAGGAUGAUGAUGAGGACUUUGGAGAAUUUAUGUUUGCAAAUAGAAACCAGAGAAAGAAGCCUCGGGAAAAGAAGAGGGUUUCUUAUACGGAAGAAGAUGAUGAUGAUGAUGCAGGAUUUAUGUCUUCGGGUAGGGAAAGUAGCCGGAUAAAGAAGCCUGUGGAAAAAAAGAGGUUUUCAUGUACAAAAGAUGAUGAUGAUGAUGACUAUGCAGAAUUUGUGUCUUUGGGUAGAAAGAGAAACCAGAGACAGAAACCUAAGGAAAAGAAGAGGGUUUCGUAUACAGAAGAGGAUGAUGAUGAUGAUGAUGCAGAAUUUAUGUCAUCAGGUAGGGAAGGUAAACAGGUAAAGAAGCCUAGGGAAAAGAAGAAGGUUUCAUAUACAGAAGAGGAUGAUGAUGUAGAGGACCAUUUGGAAUUCAUGUCUUCAGGUAGAAAGAGAAGCCAGAGAAAGAAGUGUCAUGAAGAGAAGAGGGUUUCGUAUACAGAAGAGCUUGAGGAUAAUGAUGAUGCAGAAUUUAUGUCUUUGGGUAAGGAAUGUAACCAAGUAAACAACCCUAGGGAAAAGAAGAGGGUUUCAUGUGCAGAAGAGGAUGUUGAUGAUGAUCAGGACUAUGCAGAAUUCGAGUCUGAGGGUAGAAACCAGAGAAAGAAUAGGGUUUCAGAUACAGAAGAAGAAGAGGACUAUGCAGAAUUUGUGUCUACGGGUAGAAAUAGAACCCAAAGAAAGAAGCUUCAAAAGAGGGUUUCGGAUACAGAAGCAGAUGAUGAUGAUGAUGAUGCAGAAUUCAUGUCUUUGGAUAGUGAAGCUAACAAGAUAAAGAAGCCUAUGGAAUUGGAGAGGGUUUCAUAUACAGAAGUGGAUGAUGAUGAUGAUCUUGGUAAUGAUGAUGUUGGUGAUGAUGAUGAUGAUGAUGAUGAAGAAUUUAUAUCUUUAGGUAGGGAAGGUAAACAGAUAAAGAAUACAGUUGCAUAUACAGAAGAGUAUGAUGAUGAUGAUGUUGAGGUUGAUGGUAGGGAAGAUAACCAGAUAAAGAACCCUGAGGAAAAGAAAAGGGUUUUAUAUACAAAAGAGGGGAAUCAUGAUGAUGAGGGAGACUAUGCAGGAUUUGUCUCUUUGGGUAGAAAGAAGCCUCAAGAAAAUGAGAGGGUUUCAGACACUGAAGAUGAUGAUGAUGAUGAUGGAGAGUUUAUGUAUCCAGGUGAGAAAGUACACCAGAAAAAGAAUCUUCGUGAAAAGAGGAAGGUUUCAUACACAGAAGAUGAUUCUGAGUUUAUUCCCACAAGUAACAAGUCAAACCCAAUAAACGAGCCUCAAGAAAAAAGUAUGGUUUCAUCUGAAGAAGACAAUCAGGAAGAGGAAGAUGAAAACGAUGCAGAAUUCAAGUUAAGCGAGAGUGAUUUUCUUGAUGAUGAAGACGAAACACCAAAGAUGAAAAAACCCGAUAAACCACCACAAAAAAAGAGUAUCCGUGGAAGACAUAAAAAGACCAAAAAGACAAAAAAGCCCACACGACCAAAACAAAGAAACCCCCGAAAGGUAGCUUCUACCAAAGAGAAAAAGACCAAAAAACCCACACCGGAAUCCGAUUCAGAUUUUGUCAGUGCUCCAUCAUCCGACCAUGAAUACACCAUCUCAGAAGAAGAAAGAGAACAAAUGAGAGAAGCAAGAGUAUACUGUGCAAAUCUAAGAGCUAAAUUAAGAAGCUCCUCCUCCCAAAAUCAAGAAGAAACCCAAAGAAAAUACCCAAUAAGAAAAGGUAAAGAAAAGCUAGAAGAAAACACAAAAGACGAAAUAGGAAAACAAGUUUGUGGAAUCUGUCUCUCAGAAGAAGCAAAAAGAACUGUUCGAGGUGUCCUAAAUUGUUGUCGCCAUUACUUCUGUUUCUCAUGCAUCAUGGAAUGGUCAAAAGUAGAAUCCCGUUGCCCUUUAUGUAAACAAAGAUUUUCCACAAUCACAAAAGCUGCAAAAUCCGACACUGGAUUUGACUCAAGAACAGUUGUCAUCCCUGUUCCUGAAUGUGACCAGGUAUACGAGCCAUCUGAAGAAGAGUUGAGGGGGUAUCUUGACCCAUACGAAAGUGUGAUAUGUACAGAGUGUCAACAUGGAGGGGAAGAUGCAUUAAUGUUGUUAUGUGACAUAUGCGAUUCAUCUGCACAUACUUUUUGUGUUGGUCUAGGAAGGGAGGUUCCGGAAGGAAAUUGGUAUUGUGACGGCUGUAGGCCGACUGUUUUCGGAACCUUAAACUCAUCGGAUCCUUUACCAACAUCUUCAUCCAGAUCUCCCGUUCCCGGAGGUUUCGAUUUAAACGAAUUAUAUGUUCCCGAAACGCCCCUCACACAACAACAACAACAACAACAACCACAACAACAACAACAAACACGUGUUUUGGUUUUACCCGAAUCUGGUGACUUUACCCCUGCAACUACUUUAAGAGAUAGGAGAAGAAUACAUCGCCAAUACAUCAUCGGUUUUUGA